AUGUCCGCCCCCGCCGAGCCCGGACACUCGCCCGGCUUCAAGAAGCCGCCGGCGCUGCUGCGGCUGAAGCGCAAACGCCCUGGGCGGAGGGUCGAUCCCGCCGCCGCUGCGGAAGCCGCUGCUGCUCCGGCCCCGCGGGGCCCCUGUGGAGCCGCCCGCCGCCGCAACCCCUUCUCCAGCCUGGACAACGCUCCGCAGCGGGCGGCCGCCCCUCAGCCCCCGGCAGCGGCCCCGGCGGGCGGGGAUCCAUCGGCAGCGCCCUUCUGGCAGUUUUUAGAGCCGACCUGUGAAGAGAAGCCCCCCAGGAGAGUGGAGCCUGCUGAAAGUUCUGGCAUCCUCACCCUAAGCCAGGACCUUCAUUCACCUCUUGCUGUACCCAAAGCUCCCUCCUCGCCAAGACAGGAAUUCCCUGCAGACUGGAGUAUUAAAACACGGGUUCUCUUCGUGUCCUCCCAACCCUUCACCUGGGCAGAACACCUGAAAGCACAGGAGGAAGCGCAGGGAUUUGCUCAGCACUGCAGAGCUACAGAAACCACCUUGCCCCGGAGCGUGCAGGAGCCGCGGCUGUGCACGGAGCUGCGCUGUGCCUUCCAGCAGAGCCUCGUGUACUGGCUGCACCCCUCGCUGCCCUGGCUGCCGCUGUUCCCCCGCCUCGGGGCAGACAGGAGGAUGGCUGGGAAGGCCUGUCCUUGGGCACAGGACGAGGCCUUGCAGCAAGUGCUCAUGAGUGACUGGUCCGUGAGCUUCACCUCUCUGUACAACCUGCUGCGGGCCCGGCUCUGUCCCUAUUUCUACGUGUGUGCAGCGCAGUUCUCAGUGCUGUUCCGCGCUGCGGGGCUGGCGGGCAGCGCCGUCCCCACCGCCGCCAUCGCCCCCACCACGCGCGGCCUCCGCGAGGCCAUGAGGAGCGAGGGCAUAGAGUUCUCCUUACCUUUGCUCGAGGAAAGUAGAACCAGGAAACAGAAAAACCCGGAGAGUUUGGAAACAGAAACAGCCUCGGGCCUCGGAGAGGGCAGCGCUGUGGAGGAUGCGGGUAAGUUCCGAUGCUGUGCAGUGCUGGAAUUCAAGGGCGCUCCAGGCUCCUGCACAGUCCAUUUGGAAAACCUUCCUCAGAGGCACUGCCCUCCUAACACUGACUGUGUCUCCAGGGAACCUGCUCCCAGCGAUGAUGAUGAUGACGGAAGUUUCUCUUGGCUUGAGGAGAUGGGAGUCCAAGACAAGGUGAAGAAACCAGAUACUAUUUCUAUCCAACUGCGCAAGGAGAAGCACGAGGUGCAGGUGGAUCACAGACCGGAGUCGCUGGUGCUGGUGAGAGGCAGCAACACCUUCACACUGCUGAACUUCCUGAUCAGCUGCCGCAGCCUGGUGGCCGUGGCGGGCCCGCAGGCGGGGCUGCCCCCGACGCUGCUGGCCCCGGUGGCUUUCCGGGGCGGGACCCUGCAGACGCUCAAGGCUCGGACUGUCAGCGGCCGUGCCCGGGUGCAGGGGGGCUUUGAGGAUGUGUUCAGCCUGGAGCUUCUGGGGCCCGUCCUGCCUCACACCCUGCACGCCCUGACGCUGCUGCUGGGCCCGGCACAGCGCGGCUCCUUCCGUGCCCUGCUCAGCCCCCACGAGCCCAGCGCCGCCUUCAACACCUGCCCGGCCCCACCCCAGGAAGAUGUGCCCCAGGACCUCCCUGCCUGCGGCCUGCAUCCCAAGACUUUGGAGCAGCUGAGUCAGUGUCCAACCCUGGGAAAAUCGUCCCUCCACUUGCUGGAAAUGAAGGAUUACUGCUACACCUGGAAGGCCUAAGGAACACCGGACCCUGGAGCACAAUGCUCCUUCCCAGGGCUGCAGGUGCUGAGCUUGGGGCAGGGCAGGAGGGACACGAGCGUGUCGCACAUCCCUCGCAACUGCUGCACAUCAGCACUUCCAAGGGCUGUGAAAGAAAGGAGGGGAAAGGCUAUGGACAUCUUUUUUUAUUGUAGAAGGUGUUUUUUAAAUAAA